UUGUACAUUUUCCUUAGAGAAAUGUCUAAUGGAGCCUUUGCCAUCGCCCGAGUCGUAAGAAAGAAACCACGAGAGGUGUUGCCGGCUGGAGGCGGAGGCCGUGGGCUGCCACAUGGCCCCUGGCUUGCUCCACUCUGGGCGGGGAGAGGGGCCCCACGGGGUGUGUGCCGCCUGGGGCGUUUCCGGGAGCAUCGGCCAGCCUCCCUAGGCCACAGUUUCACUUUUGGGUCUGUGCACUUGCUCAGAAGCUUCCCGGCACAGCCCUGGUCUGCAGGGAGGCCUUGCUUCACGUCGUGGGCCCGGAGCCUGGGGUGACGGUCACGCCCUGAUCGCAGAAAGCCUGAGCCAUCUGUACCCCCCGAGAGCAUGACGUCCGCCUUCGAAAGGGUGGUCAAGAGCGUGGUCCGGGAGCUGGACCCCACACGAGACCUCAUCCCCGUGGACAGCCUGCGGAGCUCCAUCAGCUUCCGGCCCUACUGCCUGCUGGGCAGGAAGCUGUCCAGCUCAUGGUUCUGGAAACCCCGCUACAAGUGUCUCAACCUGUCCAUCCGGGACAUUCUGGAGCCUGAUGCCCCAGAACCAGCUGUGGAGCACGUCGCCUCUUUCCACAUCGAAGACCUCGUGGACGGGAUGGUGGAGGGCAACGUGGAGGUGAAAGCGCUGGGACAGGGCAAGUUUGUGAGCGGGGCAGCGGUGUCGGCCACAGCCAGCACCUCCGUGAACGUGUGCAUGCUGAAAGUGCCCCUCAACACCUGGGGGGCCAUGAAAAAAGAAAGGCGCCUGCGGCAGCCGGAGCACAAGAUCCUGCAGCAGCUGCGGAGCUGCGGGAACGACGUGUUCGUGGUGACGGAGGUGCUGCAGACGCAGGAGGAGGUGGAGGUCACCCGGGCCCAGAAGCAGGAGGGCUGUGGCCAACUCGCCCUGCCCGGAGCCCUACGCCUGCAGGGCAAGGGCCAGGGCCACCUGAACCGGAAGAAGACAGUCACCAUCCCCUCAGGCAGCGUCCUUGCAUUCCAGAUGGACCUGCUGGUUAUUGGCCCUGACUGGGAGAUCCACCACCUCCGGCACAAGGACGAGAGGACCUUCAGGCUGCCCCAGACAGGCCACAAGCCUACAAGCAGCACAGGUCUCCUGUCACAGAUACCUCUCAGCUACUUCAAGAUGAGGUUCCCAUCUACACCCGUGGACAUGGUGUCGGGGUGCUGCGGGCACCCGGGCAAUUCCAGCCCUCUCCACACAGAUGGGGACAUUGAGGACCAGAUGCCAGUCACUGAAGACUUUCAGGGCCUGAAGGUAGAGGUUAGUGUCCACGCCGACGGCCUGAAGGGCUUGUCCGGGGAACUGUGCGGGCAGAUCCUGGCAGGCCUGAUGAAGGUGUUGCGGGAAGAGCCGGCCUUGGAGAGCCUCCAGGAGGAGCUGGAACAGGGCCUGUGCUGUGGGUGGGUGGCGUCCCCCGAUGCCCCGGGGAGUGCCAUCCUGGAGUGCCUGGUGCAGUCCUCUGGAAAGGUAGAGGAAGAACUUGCCCGCCCCAUCCUCUACCUCGUACAAGCACUGACUGAGCUGAACGAAACCCAGCGUGAACUGCUCGCGGAGGCGCUGGAGACAGGGGACCUGUCCGGGCAGUCCAGGCUGGUGCAGAGCGUCCUGGAGCAGAGCUCCCCCUGGAAGGAGCACAGGGCCGUGUCCCUGCCGCAGGAGCUCCUGGGGAGCAGCUGGGACCCAAAGGCACCUGCCUGGGUCCUGCUGGAGGAGUGCGGCCUGGAGCUGCGGGUGGACGUCCCCCAGGUGCACUGGCAGCCGGACGCGCAGGGCCGCACGAGCGCCCUCUACGCCUGCCUGGUGCUGCUGCCGCAUCUGAGCCAGGACAGCGCUUAGGGCCGAGCCGGGCUCUCCCUCCGGGGCGCCUGGGCAGCCCUCCGGGCGGGGCGGGGCUCCUGCCCAGCUGGCGGCCAGCCCCCGGAAGGCGAGAGCCCGACCGGCCACGUGGCCGGUUCAGCGUGGGGCCAGGAGUUGGGGAAAGUCAAUAAAUGUGAUGUGUAAGGGAAA